AUGGGCAGCUUUUACGUGAAAGGUUGUGAUGUCGUGUGUCGUGACGACGAGAAGACGAGUGACUCAGUUCCACCGGAACCUGUCUCGACACCGUUAUUUACGUUGAUUCCUGCCGCUACCGCUACGUUUGGUGGUUGCUGUGGUGUUGCUCUACCGCCGCCAUGUCCGAUGCCAGUUUGUGCUCCGCCGCCACCACCAUUGCCAUGUCCACCACCGCCAAUGUGUCCACCACAAUUUUGCCCACCACCACCACUAUGUCCUCCACCACCACCACCACCACCGCCACCAAUGUGUCCACCGCCUCCACCACCACCACCGCCAAUGUAUCAGCCGUGUCAGAGCUACGCACCUGCGCCAGUGUAUCAGCAGUACGUCGCGCCGCCGGCUGUAGAUUGCUGUUGUAGAUGUGGAGUCCCAUGCAGGUAUUCGUACAGGCACAGAACUCAUGGGUCAAAGAUCUUUGCAGCCGAUUCAAUUGAGGAAGAGAUGGAGGCCACCUGCAACAACAAAAAGCUGAAAGUGAUCAUUGAAGACAACAUGACCACCGAUCCAACCAUUGCGAAGCGAGCAAUUCAGAAAGCGGCCGAAGAGAAGCUGUUUGGGAAAUUCAACGUGAUCUGCGCCAAAGGAGACUUCUCUUAUAUCGCCUAUACGGAAACCUACUGCCAAGCCUCAAACGAGGACAUCACCUGCUAUGCUUUCAAACCAAUGUGA